AAGUCCAGGUAGACCCCAAGGACUGGCGACUGGCAAGAGAAGGCUCAGCAACCGGGGGGCGUGGCGAAAUCUGGUGUCGGAGGCCAAGAUCAUCCCUUUAGACUCUAAGAAUGAAGUAUCCGGACCCAAGGCGCAUUGCGGCUCAACUUUUCCCAAUAGUACAGUGGUCGCGGCAAUACGGUGCAGACGUUGCCAUAGGUGAUGUUAUUGCCGGCUUCACUGUGGCCCUCACACUGAUACCGCAGUCCAUUGCGUAUGCGUCUCUGGCUGGACUUGAACCGCAGUAUGGCCUCUACGCAUCUUUCAUUGGAGGGUUUGUGUACGGUGUAAUGGGAACAUGUCCCCAAAUCAACAUUGGACCAACCGCGUUACUCUCUCUAAUGACAUUCACAUACACAAACGGGACGAACCCCGAUUUUGCAGUGUUGCUCUGUUUCAUCGGUGGCAUCGUGCAAUUGGUCGCUGGCACCGUUCAGUUGGGUUUCCUUGUUGAGUUCGUAUCCCUUCCUGUAGUAUCAGGCUUUACAUCGGCUGCAGCUAUCACCAUUGCGUCCUCCCAAAUCAAAGGUCUUCUCGGACUUAAGUUUAGUGCGGAAUCCUUUUUGGGAACUUGGGAAGGUGUCUUCAAGCACAUAUUAGAAACUCGAUUACAAGACACGCUUCUGAGUUUAGUGUGCUGCAUAACACUUAUCGGUAUGAAGGCCUUAAAAGACAUUCACAUCAAAGAUCCAGAAGGCGAAAAGGGGCGUAGAAGAGCUGUUAUAAUACAACGCACUCUGUGGUUAGCUGGAGUGGCAAGAAACGCUGUUGUAGUGCUCCUAGCUUCGAUUAUCGCGUUCUUUGUACAUCAGGACAAAGAAGAUCCCUUGAUACUUACUGGUAAUAUAACUCCAGGGUUACCAACACCGCAGCCACCCCCGUUCCAAACGUCAGUAGGUAACACUACUUACACGGCGGGAGGAAUGUUUGCACAUUUGGGUUCAGGAUUGUUGGUUGUUCCUCUUGUGGGAAUUAUUUCCAAUGUAGCUAUCGCUAAAGCGUUUGCUAGAGGCAGAACGUUGGACGCGACUCAAGAGAUUAUUGCUCUGGGCGCUUGCAAUGUGGUUGGCGCUUUCUUCCGUUCGUUCCCUGUGAACGGCUCGUUCACUCGAAGCGCUGUAAGCGACUCUUCAGGCGUAAGGACCCCGGCCGCUGGAUUCUAUACCGGUAUAAUAGUUUUGCUGACGCUUGCGCUGCUGACCCCAUAUUUCUACUUCAUCCCUCGUGCGGCUUUGGCGUCAGUGAUCAUUUGUGCUGUACUACAAAUGGUGGACAUCGCCAUCAUCAAGCGAUUGUGGGCUUCUAGCAGAUUGGAUUUAAUCCCACUAAUGGGCACAUUUGUUUGCUGCCUGGUGCUGGGCAUAGAGAUGGGGCUGAUUUGUGGAGUGGGAAUCGAUGUGAUACUUCUGCUGUAUUAUCAUUCACGUCCACCUCUGGACGUGGAAUUUGUAGACAACGGUAUUUUGCCAUCGCACUAUGCAAUCUACCCGGUCGGCGGUCUACACUUCGCCGGAGCCGAAAGAGUCCGAGCAAAAUUGAUUGUUUUGCGAAAUUCGAAGGGACUACAAAGGUCAACGCCAACUCCGGAAACACUACGAGGAAUACCGGAUAACGGGCCUUAUGCAAAUGUAGCUAAUGGCGGUAAUAUUCUUGAAACCAAUGUAGUCGCAAAUGGAACCACCGUCGCAGCUGGAACGCCAAACAGAACAUACCUAUCAAGCAAUGUAAGGAAAUUAAAUGUUCUCGUGAUAUAUUGCGACGGACUGUACAGAAUGGACUACACUUUUUUGCAGAGCAUCAAGAUGAUGGUGACAGAGUGGUCACAAAGCGGGAGUAUAGUUUGGUGCAACGCGAAACCUGUGAUCAGGGAACAAUUGGAAAGUGUCCUGAACAAUGCCGCAUUCUGUGAUAGUGAACAGUUAGGAGUUCUUCUCCAUAGUUUAUCUGUGAUAGAGGAGCAACAACCUCAAGUGGAAGUAAUUGGUGAUACACAACUUUGAUAUUUUAACGAUAUUUUUUUAGCAAAUCUUACCUAAACAUUCUUGCUUAUUAUCACGUAAAUACAAUGUGAUUUUUAUUAUGUACGUAAGUAACAACAUCCAUUACACCUGUUUUGUCUUUACUCUGAAAAUUGACUAUUUGAUUGUUGGCAGCUUGCACAUGAUAUGUUUUAAUUAAUUCUUUCUGUGUAUUAUUUGACCCUACUCAUUUAUGAGAUACUCUUUUAGCGGACUUUAUCAGUCUUGCUCAUCUUAAGCAUCAUAUACUUUGUAAAGAUUUAAAUUGCUAUGGUAUCUAAUAAAACGUACAUGAAUGGAAUAAGGUGAACAAAAACAUUGUUUCACGCAUCCUAAUAAAUUAUACUAAAUCAUUAAGCGAGUCAUAACUUUGGAUGAUUUAAUUUUUUUUCCGUAAACACGAUUCUUUUUCUUGUUCUUUAUUUUCUUUCUGUUCGUUAUCUUAUUUGCGUUUUAGGCAUAAAAAUGUGAUAAAUAUGAUAUUCGUGUAUUAAUGCUGUCAUUUGGUCCUUAAAAAUAGUUUAACAAGGCCACAAGGACUACGUUACUAUGUAAAAAACGUUCUUUAAGUGAUCAUGUAUCUUAGUGAAGCAUGUUUAAAGUGUAUUAUAAUGUGAUGCUGUCUAUGUAUUUGUAUUGUGUGAAUGUCGGUCGUCAUUAUAUCGAUAAUUCGGGGAAAGAUAGCGUAAAAGCCAAAAUAGAAAUUUACAAGAUGAGUAAAAUAAACAUUUUUUUAUCUAUGUGUACGUAAAAAUGAUAUUUUUUUUUAAAUCUAAGCGCGCCUAUGGUCUCCGUCUCACCUGAUGGAAAGUGACGAUGAAGUCGGUGAUCGAUGGAGCAUGCACACGUAAAUAACGCCUAUUUAUACUCUCGUUUUGAAAAGGUCCAAGUUAUACCGUUCAAGGAAUAAGUCUGCAAGCAGGGAAUUCCACCCCUACCCGUUAGCCAAAUAAAUGUGGAAGCGUAACGCUUCGUGCGAAUCUUUGGAAUAUUCAUAACAUAGGGAUGGAACCCCAGCAUAUGUCUAGUCCUCCGUUGAUGGAAAUGACUAGGCACACUCUCCGUGAUAUGUAAUAUUUUGAUAAAUAAUAAAAUCUUGGACGUUUAUUCGAAAGGGUUUGAAUAUUUUACUUAACCAUAUCAUUAUCUCAUUUUUAAUAAAAAUCAGCCUUUACGCCCUUUCUUCCCCUAAGUAUCGAUAUGUAAGCAGAGCUAGAGGGAAGAACAAUUUUGUACUGCCUAAGUACGGCUAAAUUUGAAAACCUCGUAACGUCGUUUUUGGACAAAUACUCUUUUUUUCUCUUCAAGCUCAAUAUCGGGCAAGAAAAGCUUAAAAUAUAAUUUAUAGGCAAAUGGUUAUAUAUAUAUGAAGGUAUAAUAAUAAAUUGUCAUAUAAAAGCAUUUCUAGUAUUUUUGUUUUAUUUUAUG